AUGCCAGAAGUUGACAGCAAUCGAUCGCAGAAGGACUUCAUACUGUCAAUCAGGGGACUUUACGACAGCUGGGCAGCUACGCAGCUGCAGGAGCUUGUCAAGAAGGACCACCAAGGAGAGCAGUACACGUCAACUACUGAUCUUGACAAUGAGCAAGAGACUAAUGAGGCUCUGCGCAACGCUGAUGACGUAGAGCACAGACAGUCAGAAGCAGAACAAGCUGAGGAACAGCUCCUCGGUGAGGCUGUGGGACACCAGCAGCUGGACAAGGAAAGCACAGCAAGGUGGCUACCGACGCCGGAGAGCACGCCUGAGCCGAACGAACAGUCAGUGAGCAGUCAGGAGAACGAGCUGCCACGAGGCUGGCAAGCUAUAGCACCUGACGCAGAUGCUCCUGAUCGCCGAUCGAACAGCGCACCAAGGCGGGAAGAAACCAGUAGCCAGAUUGACGCAUCAAAUGUUCUGAUGUCACGAAGACAGCGACGUACGCUAGGUCCAUACUACACAGCAUUCGCUGUAGCUGUCAACUCAUCAGGCCUAAGAAGCUGCUCGGCGAAGAGCCAAGCACACGAUUACACAGGGACAAGCUCCCACCACCUCCACGACAUUGGAGAUGCCUAG